GCAUACAUCAGAAUCACUUUAGGCUCUUUCUCGAGGCAUGGAUUUAUUGGAUCCUGUUCCCCUAUUCUUGCUAUUUGUCCUUUCGGUGGCAUUCUUUUUGAAAACCAGAAGUUUCUGGAACGCCAGCAAGGAAAAUCUCCCUCCGGGACCAAGGUCAUGGCCCCUCAUUGGAAAUCUUCACCUCGUAGACCUGAAGAGGCCUUACAGAACCAUGUCCCAGCUAUCGAAACAGUAUGGUCCUGUCUUCAGCUUUCAAAUGGGGUCCCAGAACACGGUCGUUCUGGCGGGCUACGAGACGGUAAAGGAGGCUUUGGUGAACCAGGCAGAGGCCUUUGCCGAAAGGCCCGCAAUCCCAAUAUUUGAAGACUUAUCAAAAGGCUAUGGAGUUCUUUUUUCUCACGGUGAGAACUGGAAGGUGAUGCGGCGGUUUAUGUUAACCACGUUGCGUGACUACGGAAUGGGCAAGAGGACCAUAGAGGACAAGAUUGUGGAAGAAUGCCAUUUCCUAAAACAGAAUUUUGAAUCCUACAAAGGAAAACCGCUUGAGACCACUGUAAUCAUGAACGCUGCCGUUGCCAAUAUUAUAGUGUCCAUAUUACUUGGCAAGCGAUACGAAUACAAAGAUCCAACCUUUGUAAGACUCCUGAACAUAGUCAAUGAAAAUAUCCGGCUUGCUGGAACUCCCUCAAUCACGCUGUACAACAUGUUCCCUGCUUUGGGUUUUCUUUCUGGAGGUCGCAAGACAAUCCUUCAGAACAGGGAAGAGAUGCACGCCUUCAUCCAGGCCACCUUCAUAGAACACCUCAAAGAACUGGACGUGAACGACCAAAGGAGUUUUAUUGAUUCUUUUCUAAUCCGACAGCAAGAGGAGAAGAACAAGAACCAGAUGAAUGAUUUUUUUCAUAACGAGAACUUAAAGGUUUCUGUGGCGAACUUAUUUGCUGCUGGCAUGGAGACCACGUCAACCACCUUGCGUUGGGGCUUAUUGUUGAUGAUCAAGUACCCUGAAGUUCAGAGUAAGGUCCAAGAUGAAAUUACAAAAGUGAUUGGGUCUGCUCAGCCUCAAAUUGAACACCGAUCCAAACUGCCGUAUACAGACGCGGUCAUCCAUGAAAUCCAGAGAUUUGCUAAUAUCCUUCCUAUGGAUUUACCUCAUGCCACCACUGCGGACGUCACUCUGAAAGGAUAUUUCAUUCCAAAGGGAACAUAUAUCAUUCCAUUGCUGCACUCAGUGCUGUACGAUGAAUCUCAGUGGGAAAAACCACUUCAGUUCUAUCCGGAGCACUUCCUUGAUUCCGAAGGAAAGUUUGUCAAGAGAGAUGCCUUCCUGCCUUUCUCUGCAGGUCGGCGAAUGUGCGUUGGAGAGACCCUGGCCAAAAUGGAGCUCUUCCUCUUCUUUGUGAGUCUCCUGCAGAGUUUCACUUUCCAUCCAGUCCCUGGGACAUCCAAAGAAGACCUGGACCUAACCCCUGCAGUUGGGUUUACAACACCUCCAAUACUCUUCAGUAUCUGUGCUUUGCCCCGUUCUUACUGUCCUAGAUCAAAUUGUGUUUUACCACGCUCCUUGGAAUCACUUUGGGCCAUUUCUCAGGGCAUGGAUUUAUUGGAUCCAGUUUCCCUGUUGUUGCUAUUUGUCCUUUCGGUGGCAUUCUUUUUGAAAACGGGCAAUUUCUGGAACACCAGCAAGGAAAAUCUCCCUCCAGGACCAAGACCAUGGCCCCUCAUUGGAAAUCUCCACCUCGUAGACCUGAAGAGGCCUUAUAGAACCAUGUCCCAGCUAUCAAAGCGGUAUGGUCCUGUCUUCAGCUUCCAACUGGGAUCCCAGAACAUGGUCGUUCUGACAGGCUAUGAGACGGUAAAGGAGGCCUUGGUGAACCAGGCAGACGCCUUUGCAGAGAGGCCCAUCGUCCCAUUGUUUGAAGAGUUUGCAAAAGGCUACGGAGUUAUUUUUUCUCACGGUGAGAACUGGAAGGUGAUGCGGCGGUUUAUGUUAACCACGUUGCGUGACUACGGAAUGGGCAAGAGGACCAUAGAGGACAAGAUUGUGGAAGAAUGCCAUUUCCUAAAACAGAAACUUGAAUCCUACAAAGGAAAACCAUUUGAGACCAAUGUAAUCAUGAAUGCUGCUGUUGCCAAUAUCAUAGUGUCCAUAUUACUUGGCAAGCGAUACGAAUACGGAGAUCCCACUUUUGUAAGACUACUGAAGUUGGUCAGUGAAAAUAUCCGGCUUGCUGGAAGUCCCUCGGUCACGCUGUACAAUAUGUUCCCUGCUCUGGGUUUUCUCUCUGAUGGUCGCAAGACAGUCCUUCAGAACAGGGCUGAGUUGCACGCCUUCAUACAGGCCACCUUCAUAGAACACCUCAAAGAACUGGACGUGAACGACCAGAGGAGUUUUAUCGAUUCUUUUCUAAUCCGACAACAAGAGGAGAAGAACAAGAACCAGAGGAAUGAAUUUUUUCAUGACGAAAACUUGGCUUCUGUGGGGAAUUUAUUUGCUGCUGGCAUGGAGACCACGUCAACUACCUUGCGUUGGGGCUUGUUGUUGAUGAUCAAGUACCCUGAAGUUCAGAAGAAGGUUCAAGAAGAAAUUGCAAAGGUGAUCGGGUCUGCUCAGCCUCAGAUUGAACACCGAUCCAAGCUGCCAUAUACAGAUGCGGUAGUCCAUGAAAUUCAAAGAUUUGCUAAUAUUGUCCCUAUGAAUUUACCUCAUGCCACCACUGCGGACGUCACACUGAAAGGAUAUUUCAUUCCCAAGGGAACACAUAUCCUUCCAUUGCUGUACUCUGUGCUGUACGAUGAAUCUCAGUGGGAAAAACCACUUCAGUUCUAUCCGGGGCACUUCCUUGACUCCGAAGGAAAGUUUGUCAAGAGGGAGGCCUUCCUGCCUUUCUCUGCAGGUCGGCGAAUGUGUGCCGGCGAGACCCUGGCCAAAAUGGAGCUCUUCCUCUUCUUUGUGAGUCUCCUGCAGAGUUUCACUUUCCAGCCAGCCCCUGGGACGUCCAAAGAAGACCUGGACCUGACCCCUGCAGUUGGGAUCACAACGCCUCCGAUGCCCUAUAGAAUCUGUGCUUUGCAACGCUCUUAACAUCCAACUUUGCUUAGCCC